UUCCGGGUUUUUAUUUCAGUGUGAAUUGAUAGAGUGGAGGUCAUUUACACAAGUGAGAACUGAUCUCAGGAUUUAUAGACCUUUAAAUGUAAUGCGACACUUACUAUGUCGUUUUGAAGGCUUCACGAUUGUAGACUCUAUUGAAAUUAUGUAGAUAGUCGUAAACAGCUACAUUAUAUGCCACAAAUAUGUCACAGACAACGUCAGGAUUUCCAGGUCCCCAGCAACACGGGGGUGCACAGGGUGCACUUGGUGCAGGAUAUAUCCCUACUGAAGAUGAAAAGAGAGUCUUCAGGGAGUGUAACCAGGAGAGCUUCUGGUACAGAUCAUUGCCAUUCUCUGCUGUCGCCAUUGCUGUCACUCAGGUGCUUGUGUCUAGAGGAGUCAUUGCACCAUCUCCACGAUUUGGCUCUUUCCCUAAAGUGGCCAUUGCAGGAAUGUUGGCAUAUAUGACGGGCAAGAUGUCCUAUAUGAAGGUCUGUCAAGAGAAGUUCAAAAAUCUUGAAAAUUCCCCAUUGGGUGCAGCUCUCCGUCAGGGACAUCUGCGCCAUCUUUCCCCAGGGUUGAACCAGUCAGAGAUGUCGGAUCCCAACCAGACAGCUCCUGAUGAUGCUGUGUUUGAGUCCACCCACCAGCCAGUGAUUAGCCACAGCUACUCAAGUGACUACAGCAGCUCCUCCCAAUCCUCAUAUGAGCCUGCCCCUUUUAGUUCCAGCUUCAGUGAGUCAGCCCCCUCAGGUGUGAGGGAGGAUGAUAUACCACAAGCUGCGUCUUACCUGGACGACGACCUGCCCAAGAAGAAGCCGGUGCUCUAUGAGGACCUCCGCAACAAAAACCGCGAGAACUACGAGGUUACUCUGACGCAGAAGACAGAGACCCUGGUCAAACCCCAAGCCGAGGUCGCCACAGCACCAAAGAAAGAGGGGAAAAAGAACAAGUAUGGAGAUACUUGGGAGGAGUGAGUGACGAGGCUGCACAUACCAGUACUUCAGGCUGGAGGAGAAUCCAUGACAUCAAUGACAAUGAUCCAAUAAUUCACUUACAAGACUGAUUAUUUACAGGGCUCAGUGAGAUCAAGUCUGUUAAUUAGAAGCUAUGAGGAGCUGUAGAUUGCAUUGUUGUUAAAGUGACCGUAAACCUCUCACAUUGUUGCACUUAAAUAGGGCUUCAUAUUGUAUCAGUGAGUGAAUUUGUCCAGUAAUUUUUAGGCAACGUGUCUGAUGGGAACUCAUCCCUUUUCAAAAACCUUAAUUUAAGUGUUAUUGGACACAACUCUGAAAAAUCCACUGGGUCUUUGUUUUUGUUAACACAUAACCUUCAGCUCUGUCGUUUGCUGUACUUCUGUAGCCGUUUGAGUCGGUUUUGCUGCAUCAUAUAUGAAAUGUCCACAUGAAGCCAUUAAUAAACCAAAUUGGUUUGAAAGAUUCA